UGGAAAAGCUGUGAUCGACCGCAGACGACAGUCGCUGCCUCUUAUAGACUUGGUCCUGCUGAGGGGAGACCACUGUCAGCCAUGUCUGGUCCCCCGCCGUCUGCUUCACAACAGGGAGAAUGCCGGAAAGGAGGCCCUGGAGGAGAAAGUUCUAGAGGCGGCGGAAGAGUCGAAGUUUACCUACACGCCGUGACCGACGAACAGGCUGCACUACUUCAGAAUACAGAAAGCAUAUGUCUACUUGACGAGGUGAGAACAAAGUCAGGCGCUGACGUAAACUUUGAUGUCAACUCGUCACCUGUACUCGGUAGGAAGGUUGUCACCAUACGUGGUGUUCCAUCUCAGAUCGACGAAGCAGUCAAGCUCAUCAAUCAAAAGUUAACAUUAUCAGAACAAGCCCAGACAUUCUGGUUACAAUGGGUUGAGGCCGCGUUCCCUGAUCUCGACUCUGACGCCUACUUCCUGCCUCCUGUCUACUUCAACCGCAUGCCGAUGACCAGCGAGUCCAUUGCUGGUGAGAGUAUUAUGGUCCUUCAGCCAGCACCUGGAAAGGCCGGUCAGUCCAACAAACAAGCGAUGACUCCACCUGCUGCUGGUCAGGCUCCCAGACCUCAACCUCCUCGAGUUCUGGACAGUGAUACCAGAGACGAUGCCGCCAUGAAUCGGGUUCUCAUGUGUCUGCAGACAAUGUCUAAACAGAACAAAGAAGUUUUGGUAGGACUCAGUCAGCUGAAGUUCGGACAGUACUUGAGUGAACCUUGUUACUCAGCCGCAGUUGCCCAGUUACCUGUAGCCCUCAGUCUUCCGCCGUGUCUGCCCCGAAACUGGAAACAAGGAGACUUUGAUGUACUUCUUCUUCACCGACAUUUUGGUUUGGUCGUACUUGAGGUGAAGACAUUUGGUGACAACCUACAGGCACUGAAAAUGCCACAGCAGAAAAUAGAUAAUAAUAUAAAACAAAAGCUGAAAGACGCCGCGUCACAGCUGGACAAGGCGGAGGCCAUGUUGUCUCACCUGGUGUCCGACAUCGCUCCCGGUCUGCGCAUCACGAAGACCAUCGCUUUCCCCAACCUCACGGCUCGUCAACUUCAACAGGCCAUCUCCAGCGACACCCACAUAGUUCAAGAUCUGUGUCUGUGUCUGGGAACAACAGACCCCUCCGACAUUCCAGAGGAUAAGAUCAUUAAUCAAGCUUUUUGGGACUUGUAA